AUGGCAGACAACACCUCGCAGGCUCCUGACACACAGUCCAAUGAAAAGAAGCCUUCGAAUUCACAAUGGCAAGGCAAGACUCGAUGCCGACAUCUCUUCGCUUUCGCCUCGUGGAAAGACUCAUUUCCGCUUGCCGCUGGGCUCGUAGCAUCCAUCCUGUGCGGUGCUCUCAAGACUUCUCUUGCCGUUUUCGUUGGAAAGAUUUUCAAUGCCAUAACGGAAUACAGCGGCGGGAGACUCUCCGCGACGGACCCCCUAUCAGAAGUUUCCUCAUGGUGUAUCAUGAUCGUGGCGGUUGGAAGUGCUGGGUGGCUUGUCCACUUCUCCUUCAUGGUCUCGUGGGUGGUUUUCGGUGAAGUUCAAGCGCGCAAUAUCCGGCAAAAGCUGUUCCACGGCCUUCUCGAUCGGGAUCUCGAGUGGUACGACAACCAGGCCGAAGGCAUAUCCAGUUGGAUCGUGCGCGCUCAGACCCAUCUUGGCGAAUUACAGACAGCAACAUGUGUCGGUCUGGGAAACCUCUCCAUGGACAUUGCGACGGCAAUUGCCAACCUUGUCGUCGCUUGCUACUUUUCUUGGAAACUCACGCUGGCCAUCGUCGCCACAGCGCCUGUUUCAGCGGCCAUCCUCACUCUACUGGGCCGGAAGCUCGAACCAAGCAUCGAAAGCCAGAAGCAGGACCUUGCAUCAGCCUCUAAAUAUGCCAAUUCGGCCAUCACGGCCAUCGACCUCGUCAAAGUCUUUGACGGGGCUGACCAGGAGACAUGGCAAUAUGCCGAUGCCAUCAAACGCGCCAUGGACGCCUACCUCAGACAGGCUAGGGUCAACGCAUGUCAAAUAGGCUACGUCAAGUUCUGGCUAGAAUCUAUAUUCAUUUUUGGCUUUUACUACGGUGCCGUUCUUGUUAAUCGAGGAUCGAGCGCUGGAAGUAUCUUGACUGCCUUCUAUGCUACCCUAGGCGCACUGCAGGCUAUCGAGUCAUUCAUGCCUACGUACUCAGUCCUGGUCAAAGGCAUGUGUGCCGGACGGUUUCUACAGGGCGUCACAACAGAAAUUAAAGGCAACGACCAUGCCAAGAAGACAACCGAUGCAUACAGGCCUAAGGCCUGUGUGGGUGAAAUCAAAUUAAGCAACGUCACCUUUGCCUAUCCAAAUAACCCGUGGGUUCCAGCUCUCAAACAUGCGUCCUUUUACUUCCCCUCACGCCAGCCUACGUUUAUAGUCGGCCGAAGUGGCUCUGGCAAGAGUACGAUUGGAAACCUCCUGAUAAAACUCUACGAGGAAUAUGCAGGUGAUAUUUUCCUUGACGGAGUUCCUCUCCAAACCCUGAGUACCAAGUGGGUACGAGACAACACUGUCCUGGUACAGCAGCAGGGUGCUGUGUUCAAUGAUACGGUUCUCGGAAAUAUCAUUCUUGGCAUGAACGAGCAGAUCACACAUCCACGGGUUCAAGAGGCUUGCAAAGUUUCACAGCUGCAAUCCAUGAUUUCCAAUCUGCCGCUCCGUCUAGAUACCAACAUUGGGCACGGCGGCCAUGGCCUUAGCGGUGGGCAGCAGCAGCGCCUUUCUAUAGCAAGGGCGGUCCUUCGCGAUCCCCAGGUCUUGAUCUUGGAUGAAGCCACAAGUUCGCUUGACCAACCCACUCGAGCAAUCCUAAUGAACAAAGUCCGAGAAUGGAGGGCGAAUAAAACAACCAUCAUCAUUACCCAUGAGCUGUCACAGAUUAGGAACCACGACUUCAUCUAUGUCAUGGACGACGGUUACGUUGUCCAGAAGGGGCUUCGGCACGAACUCGCAAAAGAUGGCGACGGUCAUUUUGGACAGCUACUAUUAAAUAGCAGCGAAGUCCACGAUGAGACUAGGAUCCAAGGAAAGGACGUUGGAUGGCAAUCUGAAAGUACCAGCCACACAGAAGCCUGUCGCCAAAGCGCAUCACCAGCAGCAACUCGGUUACCAACUUCGAUCCAAAGCGCCCGUCCUGUAGGCCUCCCCUCAGCCAUUUCCAGGCCUGGCAUUACACCUGGAACGCCGGGAUAUCUUGGCUACGGUCCGACACUUUACGUGGGUUCUGCAUCAGUGCAGGCGCAGCAUAGGGGCGUGCACAGGCUGUGGGAGUCUCCAUCAUCAGAACCUGCACGAUUAUGUCCAAAGUCUCAGGAAGAUGGCAUCACUUUGGUAGAGAUCAAAGCCUAUGAGAAGAAACCAGAGAGGAUGUUGCAUGUCGGACUCGGCCAACCUCGCAAGUUGAGCACUGACAAUCCAGCGCGUCCAAACGGUACUGUCGAUACUUCCUCUAGCAGUCAGAGGGUACUGACCAGCACAAUCAGCAGCCUGCGAGAAUCGUCGGUCUCUCUCUGGAUCAUAUACAGAACCGUUUGGUCAUGUAUUAGCGGACGAGAACGCGGCUACCUAAUUCUCGGAUUGAUCUCUUGCCUGGUGGUUGCAGCCUCUGUACCAGCAUUUUCGGUGAUUUUCGCUAAUCUCCUCACUGUGUUGUACAUCUCAGGGGGUCUGAUCACUAACGGCCAUCGGUGGGCACUGUUUCUGCUCCUCGUAGCUGCCGUGGGUUCCACUGCCGCGUUCUUGUCGUCGUACCUCAUGGCAAACGUCGGGCAAGCCUGGGUGAACUCGCUUCGUAAGGAAGCCUUCUCGCGUAUUUUGCAGCAGAACAAGCUCUUCUUUGGCAAGCCCAAGCACGCGCCCGAAAGAAUUAUGGAAUGCAUGGAUAAGAAUGCGGAGGAGAUGCGCACCCUACUGGGACGCUUCGCCGCGGUGCUGCUGAUAGUCCUCGCUAUGGCCUUAGGCACCUUCAUAUGGGCCAUGAUUAUCAGCUGGAAGCUUACGCUGGUCACUCUUUCAGGUGCGUCGUUACUAGCUCUUGCCACGAAAGGAUACUCUCAUGUCACCUUGAGUGAAGUAGCGAGCAAGAUUCAAGCAGUCAAAGCACUGAAUCUGGAAAUGCACUUCAUCCGCAAGCAUAACGAGCAUAUCUCAGGCACUUAUACCCUGGGUAUCAAGAAAGCUGUCUGGACUGCGGUGCUAUUCGCAUGUUGGCAAACCAUUUUCUGGCUCACUACGGCGCUUGUCUUCUACUACGCAACUGUGCUACUUGCGGUGAACAAAGAGAUAACCACUGAGUCCAUAUUGAAAGUUGUCAACUUGCUUAUACUUGGGUUGAGCACCGGGAGUCAUAUGCUGGAGUCAGUCCCGUCCAUCAGCGCCGCGCAGGCAACAGCUGGGCGGCUUUUGUACUAUGCCACAUUGCCAGCCCCGAAUGCAGAACACGAAGCAGGACCACCGAGGAAGCCAGAUUCUGCAGAGGGCAGCAGGAGACUGUCAACUGCGCAUGGCAAAAAGAAGCUCAUAUCCCCCUUUCCUAUCCGGAUGGACGGGCUUUCUUUUGCUUAUCCAGUGCCCACCACUCAGACACCUUCUCGCUUCGUCCUGCAUAAUUUGACUCUUACCUUCAAGCCCGGCACCUCAACUGCCAUCAUUGGGAGCUCGGGGUCUGGCAAAUCGACUAUCGCAGCAUUGCUCCUAACCCUCCAAACCCCAACUGUCACCCCUCAAGUUCUUAACAUCCGACCCUCGUCGCAGCGACACCCCCUUUCUUUUGCCGGUCUCCCCCCUCACCUUCUCGACUUAAAGCACCUCCGCAGCCAUUUAGCAUAUGUACCACAGCAGCCUUUCGCGUUCCCAUCAUCUAUACGCAUCAACAUAACAUAUGGCCUGCCAGAUUCAUCCCCGCUUCUGAGAGAGGCGAACGUCAAGAGAGCGGCGCGUGAGGCCGGAAUCAUGGACUGGAUAGCCAGUCUGCCAGAUGGAUUCGAGACCUUGAUCGGCGAAGGUGGACUAGGCCUCAGUGGAGGCCAAAUACAACGGAUUUGCAUCGCGCGUGCACUGGUGCGAAGGCCGAAGGUAUUGGUGCUUGACGAACCCACAAGUGCACUCGAUUCGGCCAGUGCUGCGGGCAUCAGAAAAAUGAUCACCACGCUCAUUGCGAAUAGUAGUGGACAGUGUGGCAGUGAACAACAGAGGACCAGACCUAGUCUUGUGUCAAGUGCAAUAAGAGGGCGCUACGGACGCGAUCUGGAAGCCUGGGAUCGCGUAGGUGAUGAAUCAGGGAUGGAUAGAGGUGCUGGCGAGGUUGCAAUUGUGUUCAUUACACAUAGCGUUGAGAUGAUGCAGUGCGCCGAUCAAAUUUUGGUGCUGGAUCAGGGAAGGAUAGUCCAACGUGGCAACUUUGCAGAACUGAAAUCGCAAAAUGGUCACUUCGUCGAGCUGAUUGGAAAAGACACACCGCCGCCUGGUGUAAGUUUACCAGGCACUGAGAAGCAGAAGGACAGAGACCCCAAGUCGCGAGAGAGGCAAAAACACAGACCCAAGUCGAGAGGUCGAGGCACUCAAGCUUCCGCCAAGACAGUAACGAGCCAUGAAGGACAUACGAUUGCACAGACGGCAAAAUUUGGCAGCGUCAAGAACAAUUCCGAGCAGGUAGAACCAGAGCCAGAUGCAAGUGGGGAGAUGCAGCGAGAGAACACAGCGUGCGGCCAUACCAAACAGGAAGCUGUGAAAGACCAGAAUCAUGGCCACACAACACAAGAUCAGGAGGAUGUAGUAGAAGAAAAGGUUCAAAAGGUCAAGCGCAUGAAAAAUAGAAAGCAGAAGAAGUGGGUUGGGACGGACCUCGUAGAUUGGAACGGUUCUAAGAAUCACCCUGUGCCAACUCCACCGGUCAGCCCUUUUACUCUUAUGCCCGAAAAAGAAAUUUGA